AUGAAUAUCAUCUGUGGUCUAAAGUUGUCGGGCAGGAACUGUAUUUUCUUUCGUUUGGCUUCUUUGACCAAGCAGGGAAAGUGCAAUAAUCUUUUUAGGUCUUACGCAGGAUGUUGUCAAACUCAAGUCAGUUGUUCACUAGAUAGAUGCCAAAGGCUGGAUUUGAGUGGAAAUACUAGAAACUGUUUUUUGACUGGAAAUCCUGACUCUUAUAGAAGUUUCAUCAGUAAAGGACUGAGGUGUCUCUUCAAUAUCCCAAAUACAGAAGUGUACAAGAAUGCACACCACAGUUCGGGAACGUUUUGCUUGCAGUCUUCUCGGCUGCUGGAGAAGAAGAUCGCGUCCCUCCAGACCAGUUCUGUGGGACAACUCCCACAUCAUUUUUGUGCUUGGAACAUUCAGAUCAUCAGGUCUUUUCACACAUCACCAUCAUUUCAGGCUGCACCAGUUCCUCUUUUCUGGAUUAUUGUUAAGCCAGCUCAGAAGUUGUUUGCUAUCAUUCUCGGCAGGAGCAUAAGAAAAUGGUGGAAGGCGCUUCCUCCUAAUAAACGGGAGCUUUUUAAAGAAAGUGCAAGAAAAAAUAAAUGGAAGAUACUUCUGGGUGUCAGUAGCUUAGGAGUUUUAUUUAUUGUGUUUUAUUUUACUCACUUGGUGGAGACACCCAUCACUGGGCGCACUCGACUGUUGGUGUUUGGAAAAGAACAUUUUAAGGAACUGUCACAAUUGGAAUAUAAUAUGUGGAUGGAGGAAUUCAAAAGUAAAAUGUUACCCGAGACAGAUGCGCGCUAUCAGGUUGUGGAAAGAGUUGUUGGCCAUUUAUCUGAAAGCAAUAAGGACAUCCCCCAAGUCUCAGCACUCAAGUGGGUUAUCCACGUGGUAGAUGAACCAGGUGUAAAUGCUUUUGUGCUUCCUAAUGGCGAAGUGUUUGUUUUCACUGGAUUGCUAAACGCAGUUUCUGAUAUUCAUCAGCUGUCUUUCAUUUUGGGACAUGAAAUAGCUCACGCUGUGCUGGAACAUGCAGCAGAGAAAGCCAGCCUGGUUCACUUCUUGGAUUUUCUAUCACUCAUCUUUCUCACUAUGAUUUGGGCCAUCUGUCCUCGCGAUAGUUUGGCAGUUGUUGGCCAGUGGAUUCAGAGCAAGCUGCAGGAGUUUAUGUUUAAUAGACCGUACAGCAGAACAUUGGAGGCUGAAGCUGAUAAAGUGGCACUUCAGUUUGCAGCAAAGGCUUGUGUGGAUGUAAGAGCAAGCAGUGUAUUUUGGCAACAGAUGGAGUUAGCAGAAGCCAUUCAAGGGCAGCCCAAGUUUCCAGAGUGGCUCUCCACACACCCAUCUCAUGAAAACAGAGCUGAGCACUUAGACCGACUGAUCCCAGAGGCUCUUAAAAUAAGAGAGAGCUGCAAUUGCCCAUCUCUUUCUGGACCAGAUCCUCGCCUCAUUUUCAGACUUAACAUGCAACAUCUCCUGGAAUCGUCUAAAGAUCAAGAAACCCCAAAUUCUACAAAGCAAGACCUUUCAAAACCAAAACUGGAUUUUCCUCACCCUAAAAAAGUAGAAGAUAUGCCAGUAACUUUUGCCGUUAAACCUACAAACUAAUGAUAAUAGUUUUCACAUUUUAUGAACCUUGUGAUCCUUGAAGGUCUGUCUUAUAAUCAAAUUUGUCUUUGAACCAUGAAGAAGAUGUAGCCACUCACAUUCUGUGUUUCUUUUACGUGAUCUCUCA